AUGGGCGUUUGUCAUGCGAAACGCAAUCAACAAUGGAGGUGGACUGAAAAUCACGAGUUUCGCCCAAUGGGCUCAUCGCGCCUGUGCCUUGACUCACUCAAAGGUGUCUCGUUGUUGAAGUGCCAUAACCAGCGCGCUCAUCAGGACUGGAAAGUUACGAAGGAGGGCAAAUUCUACAACAAGGCGAUGGGAAAAUGCAUCAAGGCUGAUCCUCAGCUGCUAUCGUUGGCCGUUCUUCAGUUCUGCUCGUUAGCCAGCAAGUUCGUGGUCGAAGAAGUGACCGUUGAAUGA